AUGCUUUGUGAUGCUGUAGAUGAAUGUUUAUCAUCACCUUGUGGUAAACAUGUUUGUAUAAAUGAAUUAUCAGGAUUUAAAUGUAAAUGUUCUGAUGGAUAUACUGGUGAUCUAUGUAAUAUACCACCUGAUUAUUGUUUAUCAAAUGGUUGUAAUAAUGGUGCUACAUGUAACAGUAUUUCUACCAAUAAAUCAUUUACAUGUACUUGUCCUAAAGGAUACAAGGGAACACUUUGUCAUGUCACUAUUGUAAAUGGUGGAUGGGGAAAUUGGACAGAAUGGAGUGAAUGUAGUACUUCGUGUGGUGGAGGUACAUCAUCUAGACAUAGAUUAUGUGAUAAUCCUUCACCUGAUGAUGAUGGUGAACCAUGUCAAGGUGAUGAUACAGAAGUUAAACCAUGUAAUACUGACAAAUGUCCUGAGUGUAAGGCUACAGAUUUAUCAAGAGCUUAUGGCUCCAGUGCUCUAUGUACUGGAACCACGUCCAGACUGAAUUGUAAUAUGAUUUGCAGACCAGGAACGGUUUAUAAUGGAGAGGAAACCCCAAAUUACACCUGUAUAGAUGGUGUUUGGAGUCCAGGGAGGAAAUUAUUGUCAUGUACAGAGGUGACAUCGUCUAGAUCCCUCCAAAUACAAACAACGGUUAACUUCCCAUCUCUAGCGAUAUGCGAAAAUAGUGAGAUAUUCAAAGAUCAGAUAUCCAAUAAAGUUCGUAAAGAUACUUGUGGUGGAAGUAAUACAUGUCAAUAUAAAGUUAUAAUAGCAGAAUGUUCUCAAGGAAAUGCUGAUACUGCUGUUACCAUUCUAUUAACCAAAGAUUUGCCAGAAGAUGAUCUCGGUCUGGCUGCUUAUCAGACAAAUCGCACCAUUAGUCCACAGUUGAAAGCUAUAGUAGAAGCUAUAGAAAUAUUAGAAUUAUCAGGUCAGAUGUUACAGAAUCAAACAGAGAAUUUUACAGUGACGGUAAAUGAUGUUGUUUAUAAAGCUACAUCUGUAAAUGUUAAUGGUAAAACAAUAUGUCAACCUGGAUCUGUUGGACAAGCUGGUGUGUGCGGUGUGUGUACAGAAGGAACCUAUGAAAAUGGUAAUCAGUGUAUAGACUGUAACCAUGGUUAUUAUCAGGAUGAACGAGGAACUGUUGAAUGUAAACAAUGUCCUUCUGGUUGGACAACACAAUAUAUUGGUUCUGUCGACGUAUCUAGCUGUUCAGUUCCACUAGACAUGAAUUUGACAUCGGAGUCAGAAGGCACCACCACUAUGACAGCCAAACAGACACAAGAUUCCACUACCAUUACAACCAGACAGUCACAAGAUGAUCAGUCAGAUGAGGAAUUUGACAUGAAUUUGACAUCGGAGUCAGAAGGCACCACCACUACGACAGCCAAACAGACACAAGAUUCCACUACCACCACAACCAGACAGUCACAAGAUGAUCAGUCAGAUGAAGAAUUUGACAUGAAUUUGACAUCGGAGUCAGAAGGCACCACCACUACGACAGCCAAACAGACACAAGAUUCCACUACCACCACAACCAGACAGUCACAAGAUGAUCAGUCAGAUGAAGAAGACAACAAUCACUAUACUUUGAUAAUAGCUGUGUGCUCGGUUGUUGUCUUUGUUGUCAUAGUAACUACAUUUGGGUUUAUAACUUACUACGUCUGUAAAAAAAACAGGACAAAGAACAGAUACAUGGUACAGUCAUCUUCUUUUCCUGAGGAGAAUCCGAAUAAACGAGUUGAGUUAUCCGACUUCCAAAGGCAAUAAGAAAAUGGACAUUCAUGACCAGGAUUCUGGGCACAUCUACCAAUAAUUGGUCGUAUUCGCAGCUUUUCAGACCGCACAUCUACUGACACUACUGAAUCAAUUGUUUACGCUUUCAUCAUCUCACGCCUUGAUCAUUGUAAUAGUCUUUUGCAUGAUCUCUAUCCUAGCUCUAUAACUAAACGUCUCCAAUCUAUCCAAAACUCUGCUGCACGACUCAUAACACGCACCCGUAAGAAUGAGCACAUCACCCCAAUUCUCCACGAUCCUACUGGUUCCACAGAGGCGGACCCGCUCUUCAGCUGGGGUACUUCUUUUUGAGCCAGCACGACUGUUCCUCCAGGUGCCUUCUCUAAUUCUGCCCCUCAGUUAUGGAACUCUCCCCCUCUUUCUAUUCGCAAUGCCUCGAUCAAAAACACAUCUUUUCCAAAAGCACUACACCGAAUGAUUCACUAACACUACUACUAUUGCUUUUAGUUUACUUUGGGUUUUUUGUCGUAUUAUACGUUUUUAUGUCAUAUUAUAUGUUUUUAUGUCAUAUUAUAUUUGUUCAUGUCAUAUAUGAAGAGUCCAGGGGAUGAACGAACUAAGUCACAUUUUUGUCUUUUCGCAUAAAAGGCAAAACAGACUUUUGGACGAGAAUGCUUGACGCGAAAAUAACAACGAGUGGGUUUAAUUACAACUUCAAAAUGAUGUUUAAUACGAAUCAUAAUUACCAGUACAACAACUGACUUCCACUUUUCAGUCAGAUUAAGGUCAAAUAAAUACGAUGGACUUGUAUUUGUCCGGGGGGCCAUUUCAGAAGGGCCUUGGAUCGAUGUGACAUGGAUCGUUUAUACCCCGAAAUUGAUUGUUCUACAGAAAGCUUAUACAAUUUGCUACUGAAUGGCGCCAUUAACUGGGGUUCGUUUAAAAAUGAUUUAGAUCGUUCUUCCCCGGGCCUCUUCAUAUGUUUUCGUACUACGCAUUGAGAUUGUUUUUAUGGUGUUAUUAUUAUUAUUAUUAUUAUUAUUAUGAUAAUUAUUAUUAUUAUUGUUGUUGUUUCAUUCAUAACAGCACCUGUACUAAUAUUUGUAUAUUGGCUUAAAGUAUCUCACACGGUAUAUUGUCGUGGGCUACUAAUAUUACUAAAAUGUGCUUGACUCAGCCAUUGGCUUAAAAAAUAUUGAAUUUGGCAACAAAUGUAUUUUACCAGGUAGUUUAAUUUAAUUAACUUACAAUCACGCUUGUGUAUUUAGAUUAGCAAUCGGAUGUAUUUUAAUUUGGUUUUCCUUUUUUGUUUCAUAUUUUAUAUUUUACCUGACUCAAUUUUAUUUAAUGGAAAAUUAGCAUUAAGUCUGGUUUUCACUUGUGUAUCGGAAGUGGCCAAUGAAAACGCAUAUUUUAAAAUCAUCUAAAAAGUAGUCCAUUGGCCAUUUUAUUAAUAGAAAUUAUUAUCAAAACUUCAAAACAAUGAAUUGUGGCACCUAUAUAAACUAAUGAACUACUUAAUGCUGGCGGGUGAAUAUUUGUUUGUGUGACUAUCUAUCGUUUCUCAGUACAUGCAACUAUGGUGUCAUUAUACACUUUUCUUUUUAUACGCCCAAAUUUUCAUGCGGACGUAUUUACCGUCACCCCUGUCCGUUCGGACGUCUGUCCACAUUUGCUUGUGGACAUUCUACAUGUCACAACUUGUAUCCGAUUUUGACAAAACUUGAAAUAAAGGUUGAUAUAUAGAGAUCACAAUUUUUAUCGGAUUUUGAUGAAACUUAAAAUGUAUUUUUAUAACCCAAAAAUCUUUUAUUUUACGAUAUACCGUCACUUCCUGGUUUAUGGCGUUUUUAGUUUCUUUUAAAAACCGUUCAAAUAUAUCGCGGUUACGACAAACUUGAGUUUGAAUUUCGUGAAAAUCGGAAUGGGACUACCAGACAAAUUGGCCGCUCCCCUUUAUGCAAAUAGUAUAAUAAGCAUGCUAUACCAAGGUUGUUGAGACUUUAGAGGUCACAUCUUUUAUUCGAUUUUGAAACGAAAAUGUUUAUAUAUCCCAAAGAUCUCGGUACCUGUCGAUAUCGACGCAUGUUUGAACGUAAAAUCGUAGUUUAUGGCCCCUGAUUGUACGAAAAAUUGCUUUUUUUUAGCGUAUUCUCUGUCCAUCUCUUGCAUAAUGUGGGCGUAUCUUGCAUGACUACCGUUUGUUUCUUCAAGUCAUCUUUCUGUAAUAAGUGUAACUGAACAUCAAAAUAUUAGCAUUACUGUCUAAUUAUUUCAAAUACAAAAGUGUACUGUAAUAUCGAAGAAAUAAUAAACAACAACGACCUCGUUCACUUAGCCCCCAGCCCAUAUUGCAUUAUAUUGAGCUUGUCGGACGCCCUCUGGAUUCAUGUGUUACUAAUUGCGCUUUUCCCACAAUAGUGUCUUAUUAUGGUUAUACUGGCACGGUAAAACUGGUAGUUGGCAAUAAAGAACGUUGCUUUAAAAGGUAGAGAUGAAUAUAUUAUUAAGUUGUUGCUUGAUUUGUAGCUUAGCAUACUAUACUUUAAAUAAAUUUUUUAAAAAUUC